GUUGUCGCAGUGGUACACCACCGAGUGGAGAGAAAAAGUAGGGAUGUAGAUUAGAGCGUAUGAGAUAGUAAUGGCUUCUCGCGUAUUGAGAUUACGCGGAGCAUAUUCUCAUCUGUUGACGGAGAGAAUUGUGGAGAAAACAAGUAGAGAAACAAGUGAGCGCAUCAAUUCAUAUAGUUUAUUCUCCUCUCUCUCUGUCGCUUGAUAAAGAUAAAAAUUUGAUUGGACAAAGUCUCGUGAGGUGUGGGUUGUUUUUUUUUCCUUCCAAUAAGAAUGGCCGCUGUUCUUGGAAGAAAGUUCGGAGUUUCGGUGCCGGUGAUCGGCAAAUCGAAUUUGCCGAUUCUCACUGCGUGCCGAUUCGUGGCAAGGUCGUCGGAACGGCAAGACAGCAGCGAGGGAUGGCUGAGCAAAUUAGGUGUUAGAAAACUUGAACCAACCAAGGAAUCUCACUCUCGUAUGUUGUCCGAUAAAGAAGUUAUCUGGGCACUUCACACUCACAAUAUUCGGCCAGAUUCCAUCGACAAAUAUCUUAAGAAUUACGAGGAACAUGUUAACCUCAUUCAUUCCAAGAAGUCGGAUCUGAACUGCGAAUUGGUUGCUUCGUGGAACGUCCAAGUUGGAGAUUUGGAUCAAGCUCUUCAUCUCUGGCAAUAUACCGGAGGAUACGAAAGAAUAGAUCGAAGCCAUAUCAUACUCUCCAACGAUGAGAAUUAUCAAAAGUUACUCAGAGAAAGAGGGAAUUACCUGAGAUCUCGUCACUUGCAGUAUCUGCUUGCAUUCAGUUAUUGGCCUCCUAUCGUCAAGAGGGAGGGGAAAAAUAUAUAUGAGAUUCGUAGCUAUAGAUUGCGGCCUGGCACGAUGAUCGAGUGGGGAAACAAUUGGGCCAGAGCAAUUAAUUACCGACGCAACAAUGAUGAAGCUUUUGCCGGUUAUUUUUCGCAGAUUGGACGGUUGUACAACGUUCAUCACAUUUGGUGUUACAAGGAUCUCCAAUCGCGAAAGGAAACUCGCGAGAGUGCUUGGCGUUCUCCAGGUUGGGAUGAGUGCGUGGCGUACACGGUUCCAUUGAUCCGAGAAAUGCAUUCUCGCAUAUUGAGUCCAACAUCGUUUUCGCCAACGCAGUAAAAAAAAAUCUAUAUGUGUAUAAAUAUUAAUACACAUGUAUAUUUUUGCCGGAUAUCGUUGUGCAUUUGUAUAUUGAAUGUCGCUCCAUAAUCAUGUAGGAACAACCGGACUUGUAUCAGAGGGAGCAUAAUCAACAUUUGUUUUUAUACAAGUAGCUGUGAGUUUGCAUAAAUUUUUUACGCGAUGUCUUCGUGACGGAAGCAAAGAUUAUUCACUUUCAUACAAAACGAAAAAACCCUCGAUCGCCUACUCAAAGCAAUUUUCCUUGUUUUUAAACUCUGAUCGAACGAGAAAAAAGUUCAGGAGGUUAAAUAUCAACGAUCGCGUGUUAAAAUUUGUACGUCAAGUACAAAAUUGUUCAACAUACGAAAUAUACAGAAAUUAUACAAAGUAAAAAAAAAAGCAUAUAAA